CGUGGUUCCGGGUUCCUGCUUGGGCUCCUGGCGCUGGGCGCGGGGAUUCCUAGGCUGGAGGGCGCGACGAUCGCCCCCGAAGCUCGCAGGAAGCCUCUUUCCCUGUGGCUUCGGUCAUUUGCAGCCGCCUUGAACCCCCCAGCGUUCCCGGCAAGGGGAACCCUGUGGAGCCGAGAUGACUCACUCUUUGGUUUGUGCGGAAACCGUGAGCAGGGUCAGCUCGGUGCUCAAUCGCAACACGCGGCAGUUUGGGAAAAAGCACCUGUUCGAUCAGGACGAGGAGACCUGUUGGAAUUCGGACCAGGGCCCCUCCCAGUGGGUGAUGCUUGAGUUCCCCCAGCGUGUCCGCAUCUCCCAGCUGCAGAUCCAGUACCAAGGGGGCUUCUCGAGUCGCCGGGGCCGCCUGGAAGUUUCGCAGGGGACUGAGGCGCUCCGUAAGAUCGCAGAUUUCUACCCCGAGGACAACAACUCCCUUCAGACCUUCCCCGUACCAGCCACCGAGGUGGACCAGCUGAAGGUGACGUUUGAGGACACCACCGACUUUUUUGGCCGUGUGGUCAUCUACCACCUGCAGGUGCUAGGGGAGAAGGUAUGAGGCUUCUGGGCCAGCCGCCGCCCCCAGGAAGCCCUCGGGGAAUCACAGUGAGCCCACGAAGUUCUACACAAGAAGGUUUAUUGGUUCUUCUCCGGAAGCAUCCCAUGCCCCCCAGGUCUGUCCUGAGCGUCUUCCCGCUGUCGGGAAGUGGGAGCCGCCCUUGAACCCAGUUCCGAGUCCUCCCGGCUCCGGGUCAACCCUUUGGUUCCCUGAGUAGCUGAGUCCCCAGCAGGUGGCCGUCACUCGGGGUCGGCGGGCACAAGGCUGCCCUGGAACAGUUUGAGGAUGUGGUUCUCGAUCGCCUGUUGCACUGGAGACGGGACAGGCGGGCGGCAGGUGUGAGCUCGGGCCCCACCACCCCGUGUCCUUCCCUCGGGGUCUCCGGGCCCUGAGACCUGGACGGAGGACCCCCUUUAUCAGUCAGGAGCAGACGGUGGGGGGGUGGGGGGGUGGGGGCCCCUCCCUCCCCUUCCUGAGCACCACCGGGAAGACUGAGAUUUUGUAAAACUUUUGUAAAGAUUUAUAAAAAUGCCGUUUUUGAGGCUUUUUAGAGUUGUAAGAAAACAUCUCUUAUCGGA